UCAGUUUGAUUUCACAGAAGGAGGAGGCGAGGCUGAGACUAUGAUACUUGCGGUCCUGUUUGCCAACGUUGAGGGUAAUAUCCUCAUCGAACGGUUUCAUGGAGUUCCUGCAGAGGAACGCCUACACUGGCGUUCUUUCUUGGUUAAACUAGGAGCUGACAAUCUUAAGGGUGUAAAAAAUGAAGAGCUCCUAGUUGCUUGCCACAAGUCCGUUUACAUUGUAUACACAGUGCUUGGGGAUGUCAGCAUAUAUGUUGUCGGGAAGGACGAGUAUGAUGAACUUGCUUUGUCAGAAGUAAUCAUUGUCAUAACCUCAGCUGUGAAGGAUGUAUGUGGGAAGCCCCCUUCUGAGCGCCGUUUCCUUGAUAAGUAUGGAAGAAUUUGCUUGUGUUUGGAUGAAAUUGUAUGGAAGGGAUAUUUGGAAAAUACUGAAAAAGAUAGAAUCAAAAGACUGUUAAGGUUAAAGCCUCCAACUGAGUUCUGAAUGAGAAGUUCAGAGCCAGUCUUUAUACAAUCAACAAUCUGAGUCGUAUAUUGAGUAUCUUGUAACUGGGAAUUGGCAAGGCACUGAAGUUUCUACAGGAUAUCUGAGAUUCUCUUCCUUAGUCUGGUGUAGGUGAGGAUUUUGCUGGGCCAAUAAUUUUUUUAACCUUCUCAAUUUGAAACAUUUUUAUUUUGUAGAGUCCCCGUUAUUGAUUGUAUUCCACCUAGUGCAAUUUUUUCUUUCAUUCUUUCUUGGUUUGCUCUUCUUAAGUACUUUUUUGUUGGAUGAGUCUUGUUUUUUGUUCCUAAGAUGAUAAUUAUCCCCAGAUGAUGGGUGCUUAUUGCUAGUAGACGCUUUUCUGAAAAUGCAUUAA